AUGGCGAGCUUUGACCCAUGUGAAAAGGAGUCCGGUGACAACAGUGCUGAAAUUACAAAGUAUUCCAUCAAACGUCUGGAACUGUCAAUUAAAAAAUUUGUCAAGGUUCUAGACAUCGACUUGGACAGAUUAUUUAAACACACUGCCAACAUUUCUAGACUGACAAAUGCAGAGGACUGGAAUGGGUUGCACAAAGAGCAAGUUAAUGCAACACGAACCAUACAGCAAAUUAAAGCUAACAUUCGUGAAAUUGAAAAAGCCCGAAAUCAGGUGAAAAAUGAAGAUUUGCCUGAAUUUGAUGCAAAAGUUCAAGAAGUGAAAUCAAAAGCUGUGUUUGCAAUGGAGGAGUUCAUGAACUUUAUAGGUUUUGAACAAAAACUGUCUCCUCAAAACACACAACCAGAUUCAAGUGGAGGGAUUUCUAUUGGACCUGGAAAAGCAGAUGCCCCACAUGCAGUGAACCAUCUUAGUUCACAUUCACAACAAAGAGACUAUUUCCUGACUUCGGAAGAACAGUCAGGAUUUAUGUACGACAGCUUCGACAGUGGCAGCUACCAGUCACCCUACGGCAGCCUUCCAAACUCUUUAGCAAUAAUACCAGCACCUUUAUUGACCACAAGUCUGCAUGUGGUACCACAGAACUCACAAGCUUCUGCUUCCUGGGAGCAACUACAGGAAAACAUUGUUGAACUGAAUGAGUUGGUGCAUGAAUUUGCCACCAAUGUUGAGCAACAAGGGGAAGUCAUCAGCAACAUAGAAGAUAAUAUAGAGAGUGCUCAUGAGAAUGUCCGAGAGGGAACCCAUCACCUCGCCAAGGCAGCCAAAUACAAGUCUGUGCUGUUCCCAGUUGUUGGUGCUGUUGUUGGUGGAAUAGUUGCUGGUCCUAUCGGUUUAUUUGCUGGGGUCAAAAUUGGUGGUCUGGCUGGAGCAGUUGGUACAGCAGUUGGAUUUGCAGGAGGGAGGUUCAUGAAAAAGCAUCAACAAAAGAUUUCAGACCUAGAGUUGAGAAACUUGAGUGACAAACGAUCCUUAUCACUGCCGGACUUGCCAGAUAAUACCAGAGCUGAAAGCAGAAAUGACAUUUAA